AUGUUUAAGACAAGCUUUGCUUUGUUGGCACAGAAUGACAACUCAUCUGGAAAUGGGUCCACACGUGGCAGUGGCAGGUUAGGGUUGGAGUUUGGGCUAGGGCACAGAAGGGAAUUUAAUGAGAAUAUGAAAGAGCAAAACGACUUUGGAGAAGAAGACGAAUGGACCGAAGGUGGAAAUCAAGUAGAUGAUCAGAAGAACAACCUUCGUCCCAAGUUGCCUUGUAUUAGAGACAAAGCAUUGGGAAUUGAGAAUUUCUGCUUAUUGGUUAAUAUGGGCUUGAUUGGAAGCUUUGGAUGCGUGAAUAGUUACAGCAAGAAGCAAUGCAGGACUCUUUUUUGGAGGGUCAAGGCAGCAGUGAAGAAGGCUGUGAAAAAGAAUGGUGGGAAGAAGCAAUUCAAGUUCCAGUAUGAUCCUUCAAGUUAUGCUCUCAAUUUUGAUGAUGGUUGUUGCAAUUUGGGUGCAAGUGGAUACGCAGUCAAACAUGGUAAUACCACCAUUCAGGAUAGCAACGAUAUUUUAUGGGUUUACGUUCUGUGGGUAGAACCUUGA